CAACGUCCAAACGGCGCCGUCGCGAUUCAGCCCGGCGAUAUUCGGUGCCGGCUUUUACCUCACUCUUCCUUCUAUAAAUACCACUCUCAUUUCACCUUUUACAUUUUCUCCCUCUCCAAAAUCACCUCUUUUUACGCCCCCCCUUUUCCCCAUGUUCCACUAUUUCACUGUUUCUGCACCAAACUUGCUCAAGCUACAUCGCUAAUUCUCGUGAAAAUUGCUCCAAUUAGCUCCUCGUUGAAGGGUGAUAGGUUGAAUUAUUGGUAGGAGAGAAAAAAAGAUGAGGAUUUUGAGUACAAUUGAUUCCUCCUCGUGCCCUAAUUGUUGUGGAUUUUUGGUUGUGGAAGCUUAUCCCAAGAGGUAUUCUUCCAAGAUCCCUUCCGAUUUGGUCCUUUUCCUGGGCCUGGGCUUCAUAGAUUGGUAAUAUACAUCUCAAUUUUUAUAGAUAUAGUUUCAAUUUAGAGAUUUCCCCCUUUCUCUCUCUCUCUCUCUUCGUAUAUUUGAUAUUUACAAGGUAGAAUAUGGAUUUGAUGGGCUUGAUUCAGUGUCUCCGGCCUGUGUUUGGAGGGUUUGAGGAGAUUGGUUGGAUUUCAUUUGAUUUCUCUUGAUAUAAAUUAGGGGUUUUUAGUAGUUUCUGAUUUCUUGUUAUUUUCUGGGAGCUUGUUCUUGAUUUUUCUAGCUCUGUGCAAUCCAAAAUUGGGACGAGUCGCCUUUUUGCUUGAGUUUUAGAUAUGAACAAGUUUAGGGUUUUAAUGGAGGUGGGAGUUUGCAGCUGGGAUUGACAUCAUAUAAGGAUUGAAUUUUGUUAAGAUUCUUAUUUGGGGGUGAAAUUAGUCGAUCCAGCGCCUUGAAUCUCUCGAAAAAAGGCUUCUUUUUGUGUUUUUAUGUGAUGGGAGAUGCACUUCUAACUGGUUUGUCAAUGGAGAAUCAUCACCCUUCAACCAUCCUGUCCAUGGAUUCGAGCGCCUCGUCUUCCCACGAGGAAAUCGACCUUGAGAUGAAUCGGCAAGUCUUGUUGACCGGGGCCCCUGACAUCAACUUGCCCCUUUCGGCCGAGCCUCCACAGCCUUGGAACCCUGAGGCGUGCGACAUUCUUGAUGUCGGCCUAGGUACUCAAAUGUACGAGACAGAGAGCUUCCUUGUUGCCCCCAAGGUCGGGAGGAAAUGUGCGAAGAGGGUCGAUAGCAUCUGGGGUGCUUGGUUCUUCUUCAGCUUCUACUUUAAGCCUGUUUUGAAUGAGAAAUCGAAGGCGAAGAUAGUGAGGGACAGUAAUGGGGUUUCGGGUUUUGAUAAGUCUGAUCUGCAGCUUGAUACUUUCAUGGUUCAGCAUGAUAUGGAAAACAUGUAUAUGUGGGUGUUCAAGGAGAGGCCCGAGAACGCGCUUGGCAAGAUGCAGCUGCGCAGUUAUAUGAACGGACAUUCUCGUCAAGGAGAGCGUCCCUUCCCGUUUAGCGUCGAUAAGGGCUUUGUUCGGUCUCACAGGAUGCAGCGUAAGCAUUAUAGGGGUCUUUCGAACCCUCAGUGCGUUCACGGCAUUGAGGUUGUUCACUCCCCGAAUCUCAUGGCUCUGGACGAAGAGGAUCGGAAGAGAUGGAACGAGCUCACCGGGAGGGAACCCAACCUCACCAUUCCACCCGAAGCUAGCGACUAUGGCUCGUGGAGAAAUCUGCCUAACACUGAGUUCGAGCUUGAGAGAUCCGCUCCCGUAAAGGCGAAUCCGCAUUCCCACGCGAAGAAGCUCCUCAACGGAUCCGUGCUGAAUCUGUCGACUCAGCCAAUCAACAACCAUAGCAACGGGGAUGUCCUCGACCUCUCGCCCGUCAACAACAAGAGGAAGAAAGACUUUUUCCCACAGGGGAACGACGAAGACUGCUUCCUUGCCGUGAAUCCUCCCGACCGCGCCCCGGAUCCCGAAGCUCACCCGAACGGGCCUCACUGGCUGCACGAGUUCAGCGGGGUGCUGAGGAGCGCCUGUGGCCCGGUCACAGCCGCCAAGACCGUCUACGAGGACGCGGAGGGCUAUCUCAUCGUCAUCAGCCUGCCCUUCGUGGAUCUCCCGAGCGUGAAGGUCUCCUGGAGGAACACCCUGACCCACGGGAUCAUCAAGGUCUCGUGCACGAGCACCUCCCGCGCGCCAUUCGUCAAGAGGCACAACCGGACGUUCAAGCUGACGGAUCCGUCGUCAGAGCACUGCCCGCCCGGGGAGUUUGUUCGAGAAAUCCCGCUCUUGACUCGGAUCCCCGAAGACGCCAACAUAGAAGCGUACUACGAUGGCCCGGGGACAGUGCUCGAGAUAUUGGUGCCUAAGCUGCGCGAGGGGCACGAGGAGCACGAGGUGCGCGUCUGUCUUCGUCCUCACCACAGAGGAGGUAGUGAUCUCAAACUGACCUGAAAUCGAAUGGAAUAUGCUUUAUAUUAUGAUUUGUUAUAUAUUCGGUUUUUGAAGCUCUUGAAAUCUAGUUUGAUUUAAGUUGUAAUUUGUUUUUGUUAUGGAAAAUUAUAUUUGAAUU